GGAGAAGAAAUCUGCUUUGCGGUUCUCUGUUCUCGGAGAAAUCGAUUCCCUGUUCUUUGUGCGAUCUCGCAAGAUUCUAGGGUUCGGCGAAAGGUUGGAAGAUGAAGCAGAAGACGCUAAUCUAUAGCUUCGUGUCGCGGGGAACGGUGAUCCUUGCGGAGUACACGGAGUUCAAGGGCAACUUCAUGGAGAUCGCAUCGCAGUGCCUUCAGAGGCUGCCGGCUACCAACGACAAGUUCACUUACAGCUGUGAUGGCCACACCUUUAACUUUCUUGUCGAAAAUGGAUACACUUACUGUAUUGUAGCAGUUGAAUCAGCUGGAAGACAAAUUCCUCUCGGGUUCUUGGAGAGGAUCAAGGAAGAGUUUACCAAUAAAUAUGCCGGAGGGAAGGCUGCAACGGCUAUCGCCCAUAGCCUUGAUCGUGAAAUUGGGCCAAAACUGAAGGAGCAUAUGCAGUAUUGUAUGGAACAUCCAGAUGAGAUCAGUAAACUUUCAAAAGUGCAGGCUCAAGUUUCACAAGUUAAAGGAAUUAUGAUGGAAAAUAUUGAGAUUCUUUUCGACCGACAAGAGAAAAUUGAUGGCCUGGUUGACAAAACAGAAAAUCUUCGAUCCCAGGUAUGUAUUUUAUCUUUGAGGUAUUUUCAUUGAAGGGCUGAUCUAGGAACUUUUUUGUUGGGCGCAC